GGCCUGCUUCAUAUCCGCGGUCAUCCUUUCAUAAUUCACUCAUGCAUCUAUUCUUACAACUCGCUGAAUCCUCCCCGCCUGCUGUGAAAUCACACUGACCCUCUCCGUCACAAUCAGACUCCUCCCCUUCGACGCCACGCCGACCUUAAGACUGUCAGACAAACUGACCAAUAGCGCAGGAAUUCCCACUCCUUUACGUAUCUGACCGGCCAAUCAGAACGCGGGUAGGCGGAAUCACCGUGGGCCUGGCAAUUCAUCACGUUUGGUUGCAAAGAAGCUGAUUCACUGCUGAGCUGAGGAGGUAAAGGGACGGAUACAAACCCUACCACACCUCUCCCUCUUCAAACUGCCUCCUCUGUUGGAUACUUUUUUUUUUUUUGGGUGGGGGGGGAACUAUCUUGAAACUUUCAGCUUGAUUUUUUUUUUUUUUUUUAUCUUCCCUUUUGGACGGAAUGGAUUUUGAGAAAGAUUUUGGAUGGUUUUACUGUACGAACUCGUUGUUGAAAGCUUGCUUGUAGAGUUUGCUGACUUUUCAAGGAGUCGCAUUCAUUCAUUUGGAGGGUAACUAACCCCAACACCAAAAUGGAUCAAGCCGGCGGUGGUGAGGACCCGAAUAAACCCUCUAAAAAGAAGUCCAACGAGGACGAGGGUAAAAACAAAAAGCUGAACAUACACAUAAAAACAUUGGCUGAUGAUAUGCGUGAUCGUAUUACCAGUUUUAGGAAAACGGGGACGAAGAAGGAAAAGCCCCUCAUCGGGCACCCGACAGAUCCCAUCUCCACCCAGGCUGAGCUGCCCGCCCCUCAGCCCCUGUUCGACGACCGCUCCAUGAACCUCUCGGAAAAGGAGAUCAUUGACCUCUUUGAGAAGAUGAUGGAGGACAUGAACCUGAACGAGGAACGCAAAGCCCCACUGCGCGGAAAGGACUUGAGCACCAAACGCGAGAUGGUGGUCCAGUACAUCUCAGCCACUGCCAAAUCUAUAACUGGGAGCAAAGUUCCGGGAGGACUGAGAAACAGCAAGCAUGAGUGUACACUUUCAUCCCAAGAAUAUGUCCACGAGCUGCGUUCAGGCAUCACAGAAGAAAAGCUGCUCAACUGCCUGGAGUCCCUCAGAGUUUCUCUCACAAGUAACCCUGUCAGUUGGGUUAAUAACUUCGGUCAUGAGGGUCUUGGCCUUAUCCUGGAUGCUCUGGAGAAGCUGCUGGACAAGAAACAGCAAGAAAGCAUCGAUAAAAGGAACCAGCAUAAACUUAUCCAAUGCUUGAAAGCCUUCAUGAACAAUAAGUAUGGACUGCAAAGGAUCCUGGGAGACGAGCGUAGCCUGUUGCUGCUGGCGCGAGCCAUCGACCCCAAACAAACCAGCAUGAUGACGGAGAUCGUCAAAAUUCUCUCAGCCUUCUGUAUCAUUGGAGAGGAAAAUAUCCUGGAUAAGAUUCUAGCAGCCAUGACCAUCGCUGCAGAGAGGAACAACAAAGAGAGAUUUGCUCCAAUCGUGGAAGGACUGGAGAACCACGAAGCCCAGCAGCUCCAGGUCGCCUGCAUGCAGCUGAUCAACGCCCUGGUCACUUCGCCCGAUGACCUGGACUUUCGGAUACAUCUACGCAAUGAGUUCCUAAGAUGUGGCCUCAAGAAAAUCCUACCAGAGCUAAAAGAGACAGAGGAGCUUGACAUCCAGCUGAAGGUAUUCAACGAAAACAAGGAGGAGGACUCCAUCGAACUCUCCCACCGCCUGGACGACAUCCGCGCCGAGAUGGAUGACAUGAAUGAGGUGUACCAUCUCCUGUCCAACAUGGUGAAAGACACCGGCUCAGAGGCCUACUUCUUGUCAAUCCUUCAGCACCUAUUGCUCAUCAGGAAUGACUAUUACAUCAGGCCUCAGUAUUACAAGGUGAUAGAAGAAUGCGUGUCCCAGGUAGUCCUGCAUCGAAGCGGCAUGGACCCGGACUUCGGCUACAGCAGAAGACUGGACGUGGACUUCACUCAUCUGAUUGAUCAGUGUGUGGACAAAGCCAAAGUUGAGGAGAGUGAGCAGAAGGCUGCAGAGUACUCCAAAAAGUUUGAUGAGGAGUUCAGUGCACGGCAGGAGGCCCAGGCUGACUCUCAAAAGAAGGAAGAAAGAAUCAAAGAGCUGGAGGGGAAGAUCCAGGCCCUGGAGUCCCAGUUAACUAUUGAAAAAGACAACCUCAAAGAGGCUCAGGCACUCAUCAAGGAAUGUGAAGCCAAGAUUGCAGCCGGUCCAUCAGCAACCGGAGCGCCACCUCCACCACCUGUACCAGGGGGUGCAGCAGCUCCACCCCCUCCCCCACCGCCUCCUCCACCACCUCCACCUGGUGGCUGUCCUCCCCCACCUCCACCUCCUCCUCUCCCUGGCCAUGCCGGCAUGCCACCGCCACCACCACCGCCUCCGCCACCUGGAGGAGGACCUCCACCUCCCCCUGGUUGUGGACCCCCACCUCCUCCACCUUUCUUCGGGGGCCCAGGUGGGCCUCCCCCACCUCCUGCACUGCCUGUUAUCAAGCUGCCUUAUGGACUGGAGCCCAAGAAGGCCUACAAGCCUGAAACGGUGAUGAAGAGGGUCAACUGGACUAAGAUAGUGCCUCAGGAAAUGGCAGAGAAUUGCUUCUGGAUCAAAGUCAAAGAAGAGAAGUUUGAGAAUCCUGACCUAUUUGCUCAGCUCUCCCUCUGCUUCUCGUCGCAGAGCAAAGUGAAAAAAGAUGUCAAAGACGAGACCGACGACAGAAUGCAACAAUUCAAGAAAAAGGCCAAAGAGCUUCGCAUCUUGGACUCCAAAACAGCGCAGAAUCUUUCAAUUUUCUUGGGCUCGUUCCGCCUGCCUUAUGAAGAGAUCCGGGACAUUGUGCUGGAGGUAGACGAGGAAAGACUGAGCGAAUCACUCAUCCAGAACCUGAUAAAGAACCUGCCAGAGCAGAAAGAGCUGAGUGCGCUGGCGGAACUAAAGGGUGAAUAUGAGGAGCUAGUGGAGUCGGAGCAGUUUGGCAUUGUGAUGAGUUCAGUGAAACUCCUGCGACCACGUCUCAACGGUAUUCUGUUCAAGUUGACCUUUGAGGAGCAGGUGAACAACAUCCGGCCCGACAUCAUGAACGUGACGUUCGCCUGCGAGGAGGUUAAGAAGAGCGAAAGCUUCAGCAAACUCCUGGAGCUGGUGCUGCUGGUUGGCAAUUACAUGAAUGCCGGCUCAAGGAACGCCCAGACGUUUGGUUUCAACAUCAGCUUCCUCUGCAAGCUUCGAGACACCAAAUCCAUCGGUCAGAACACAACACUUCUUCAUUUCCUGGCCGAUAAGUGUGAAGAGAAUUAUGAAGCCAUUCUCAGGUUUCCAGACGAACUGGAUCACGUGGAAAGUGCCAGCAGAGUGUCUGCUGAGAUCUUAAAAACCAGCUUGACCACCAUGGAACGUCAUAUUCAGAGGUUGGAGAACGACAUCGAGAACUUCCCCAAAACGGACGACCAACAAGAUAAGUUUGUGGAAAAGAUGUCGGGCUUCUGCAAGCAUGCCCGGGAGCAGUAUGAGAAACUGUCCACGAUGCACAAGAACAUGCAAAAGCUCUACGAGAGCAUCGGCAGCUACUUCGCCUUCGAUCCCCACUCGGUCAGUGUGGAGGAUUUCUUCGGAGAACUGGCCAACUUCCGCAUCCUCUUCAUGGAAGCAGUGAAGGAGAACCACAAGAAGAGGGAGAUGGAGGAGAAGAUCAAGAGAGCCAAGCUGGCGAAGGAGAAAGCUGAGCGGGAGAAGCUGGAGCGCCAACAGAAGAAGAAGCAGCUGAUUGACAUGAACAAAGAGGGAGAUGAAACCGGUGUGAUGGAUAGCCUAAUGGAAGCUCUACAGUCUGGAGCAGCCUUCCGUGAUCGACGAAAACGGACACCGCGCAAUGGUGAUCAAAGCCCAUCCAGUCCAGCCUCUCGGUGGCCAGGUGCUAACUAUGGUAACAGAACCCUAGACAACCGCCGCGCAGUCCUGGAAAGGUCUCGUUCGCGCCACAACGCAAAUCACCCAGCUCGAUGAUCGCCCGCGCCUACCACAAGACGCUAGAUAAGUGCCAAAGAGGCCGGCGAAAUGGAGACGUGGAAGACAACUGAAGGAGCGACAGAUAACCCCUCACUGUGGCACAGAGAAGAAUACUCUCACACACACCCACAGACACACACACACACACACACACACACACACACACACACACACACAGAAUCAAGUAUGGAACAAAGAAUACACACAUUGAGGAAAAAAAUACAUCAAACACGAACUUCAUUUUCAUGCUGUUCGUCUGACGCCUUACAUAUUUAUUCAAGUCUUUCUCAUCACUCUUAAUGUCCUGCACACAUGGUUUGAUUCAUCAAAACAGAAAAAUGAAGGCUGCCGCUGUUUGAAGUGAAGCGUUUUCAUUGCUUGGAAGGCCAUUUUGAAUCUUGCAACUCUAAGCCUUCUAUCUAAAAUACUGCAGUUCAUAUAGAGACAUGCAAUGUGUUGAAAAUAGACAUUCUGCCAAGAAGGACUGCGACAUACAGUCAUGUAUGCUCAUCAUUCCGCACACAGCACACUCAACAAAGAUGCAGCGGGCCAGCUGUCCUGUACACGGGGAAAAAAAAGAGGAUUAAACACAAAUGUUGGCAAGCAGACAACUCGCUGUCGCUUUCUGGAACACGUCACUGAACUUUAAGAGGAGAAAAGUAUGUUGCUUUUUUUUCCCUCUUCCUCCUUUAACCAACAUCAAGAUGUUGUUGUUUUUUUGGCCAGCAAAUGUACACAGGACUUAUUUCAUUUCAUUACAUAUCCCACAAAGCCACAGGAGCUGGCCCCUGUCUGUGCCGAUAUUUCAGAGCAUGUGACUCAUGGCCCUUGAAACUGUUAUCUCCAUUUUGACAAGAUGCAUUUUAUUUUUAGUUGUGUAAUAUCUAACCGAAGCCUGCGGGUGCUGAUCUCUGUCCCAAGGUCGCUUUUGCUGUUAACAUAAGAGACUGACACAUUUCUAAAUGCAUACAACUGCCUGGAGGAGCCCACAUGACCUUUUUGACCUUCCCUGCGGACACACAGGUUUCCAUUGAGGGAGGCUUGAUUAGAGGCUUGAUUAAUAUUCAUCUAUUUCAUAUUGGUUUUUUUUGUUUGUUUUUUUUACAUCAAGGCUCUAAAAGAAUUUGAAAAAUGUGUGUUUCACAGCUACUGCUGAAAAGUUUGCUCUACAAACUCAUUAUUUAAAAAAUCAAUACAAAUGUGCUCUGUAGGAAGACAAAGACAAACAGCGUUAUAUGAACACAUUUAAGAUAUUUGAGCAUUUCUAAUGAAUUGAACCAGGUCUUUGCAGCUAAGAAAAGACUAAGCUGCUGACGUCUCAGCAUCCAUUGAUAUUGUUGAAAAAAAUGUGAAAUAUGUGUAAUGAUUAUUGGAGCAACAGGACAUAUUUUAGUCAUACAUCCAAAAAAAUAAAUAAAAAAAUAGCAGCCUUUGGGAGGGAAAAAGUCCUCUCAAAAUGUACCAAGGGAAUCCAUGGCUCAAGCACCAAAGGGUUUCAGGACUUCAAACUGUACCACACUAUCAGAGAGUCUGCCUCCUGAUAGGAUCUGUGUAGUCCUAACUCAAUGCUAAACACUGAUUUCAGUAGCAUCUCUAACCUGAUGAAGCUUUUUAGCAUCAAAACCAAACCAUCAGAACACAUGACUCUUGGUGUUAGUUUUUCAAAAUAACUCAAACUUUGCUGUAAGCUCAGUGUCUCUGCAACUGUCACACAUUUUCUUCACGUGAACUAUUUAUUCAUAUAUUCAUGCCUAGGGCGGCCCUGUCCCCCUACUGCCCUAAACUGUAAGCAGAUGCUACUAAAAACAACCACUGAAUCCACAUGGAGAGCAGGCACGAGCAGAAUAAUCGACUAAAGGGGGCAAAGAAGACAAGAUGAUGCUUGUCUUUCCGAGUCUCCAAACGCCCUCCAAUUCCCCGGCACUAAAGGCAUAAGCGACCCUGUUACCAAAACACAAGUAACUUUAGUAAUACCAUAACUCUGCUUUAGGCUUUUAUCUGCUUGCGUGUGUUUUUCUUUUUGGGGGGGGGAUUGUGUGUGUGUGCCAGCUCAGUAAUCGGAACAGGAACCCAGGCAAAAUAGGAUUCAGUGUGCUUGACUCCUGGGCUGAAAAGAUGGAGAUUUUUCAUUUAAACAAUCUGCCAGCGCAGCUUGUGAUGUGUCUGUUUCAUGAUGCCUGCUCUCCCAGCCUGCAUGCAUGCUUCCAAAAAAAUGCAAUUUUACACAUCAUCUCAGCUCAAGGUACAUCCACAAUACUCAGAGAAGUUUGCAUAUUUUGGAGGACAGUAAUUCUCCUCUGGAAUAUAAGGUUGGAGCAGUCGCAUGAAGCUAGAGAAUGAAGUUUCCACAUAAGGGAUUAUCGACCGUUAGGACUUUUAAAGAUGUGUUUUACACAGCAGAAAGAGGUGUGCCAUCAAAGGCAGUGAUUUCCCUUCUCUAAUCUCUCCACACUAACACACAUGCAGAGUUAAGAGUUUGUCCUCCGGUGUCUGUUGAGACAUUCGGUGUUGUCCGCCCUGUGAUUGGAUUCUCUACAAGUCUUCUUCUUUAAAAAAAAAAUGUUUUCUUUAUAAUUCGACUGAAAUCUUUUUUCCCCAUUAUGAUUAAUUUUGAUUAUUUUUCCACAUGUGCCAACUUUGUUUUUGUGAGAAACACAAAAAAAUCCCAUUUACAAAGAUUGAAAAUUCUUGUUUUUAUUUUUUUUUUAUUUUGUUGGAUUUUUCAAAGGGAGUACAGUUUUCUUAUUGUCCAAGUGGGAGAAACAUUGUACAGACAUGUUCAAAUUGUAAUUUAGCCAUUGUUUGUUACACAUUGAUCCAAUUAAGAACUGUGGUUCAGAGUAGAAGAGUUUGAUGUGAUUACAAAAUGAUAGUCAUGUGGUAUUUCUUAUUGAAAAUGCUUUUAAAAUAUAUGUUUGAAUUAAAAAAAAAAAACGUCUGUGAUGAUGCCAUGAUAGAACGUAACGAGCGACGUAAAAGCGCCGGUGUUAGCCAUUAUAGAAGUUCGCAUCAUGCAACUUUACCGCAACAAUGAAUUAUUUUAAAUUAUGCAGCAGGAAACUCAAACAGAACGAUGUACUCUGAACUUCAGAGUCAUUGCCAUUUAACAGAUGAAAUGGUGUUAAAGCAGGGGAGGAAAACAUGAAAUUUAGUGCAAGGGGAUUUUUAAAUCCAAGAUAAACUUCUACAAUGACAACAAUCCUCAUCAUCCCCGUAAGUGAUCGUUGUAUUUCUCUCCCAUUCCAUCUUUAGGAUCAUCAACAUGGAGUGUUUAAUAGAAUGUAGCGGUAGAGUCUCGGGUCAAAGAGCCUGAAAUGUUCCAUCAUGUUAGUGUUAAAAAAAACAAAAAACAAGCCUUUGUGUGUUCAGGUUGAUCAUCCAUUUGUCUUUUAGCUUGUAAUUAACAAACCUGACUCCAUGAUAUGACUUGUGCUCAUGGUAACCGUAAGAGUGAGGAGGCAGGGGUAUGAACGAUGUGUCAAAAACUGUAAAAGGUGCCAUUUUGGGUGGUGAUUGGUGGCAAGAAAAAGUUUGUAACUUACACUUACUGACUGUGCACUUUACCUCAUAUUCUGCUCAGGCGGAGGAAGAGUUGUUGGAUAUGUUUGGACACGACUUUGCCGCUAACAGAGUGAACUAUUUGCAAAGUAUUCCUUUUGGUAAAUAGCUCCAGCUGCCGCAUAUCCAGUUCUCUUCUACUUUGUUAGUGCUUACUAUUGAUUUGUGGAAGACCGAUCGCGGCUGAAUCAACAAGCAAACGCUCAUAGCUGUUGACAAACCCUGUCCGACCGUGGUGUGUAAGCUGCCAUAUCCCUGCCUACCCUCCUUGUUGUCAUUGAGUAUGUUUUAUUGUCUUAAAAAACAUUUAUAUUUGUAACAUUUUAAGUUUAUUUGUAUCCUUAAGAACAUGGAAAAAAAAACAACAAAAUGGUUAUGCACACUGUCCUUCCAUAGAAUAUGUAAUGGAAUAUGAUACUAAAUAAUAACCACUUUGUUAUACAGUAUAAACUGAUUUAUGAAACAAA